AUGGCUCUGCCGAACCCUUCUGCAUGGCCCUCGAACGAGGCCACUGAGCCCAACGCUCCUCAAUUCACAUGGUCUGCGAUCGGAAUCUCGACAUCCUAUCUGGAAAAGCUCCGGCUUCUGUGCCACAGUCAGAAGGAGUUGCAAAAGGCGGGCUAUGUGACCCAACCUCUCGAUGCAACUCAGAUCGAGUCGAAGGCGAGAUGCACGCGAUGUGGAAAACGACCCAGACGUCGAGUGUCUACAAAGCCGGUCAUUACCGAUGCCAUCAAAGAGCACAAGAGGCCGAAAGGUCUGACCGGCGUCCACACCGAGGAGGCAAUCAGUGAGGAGACUUUGAGCACAUCCACUUCGGUACUCAAGAAGAAAGCUUCUGCUCCAUGCUCAUAUCAUACAGGUGUCGUUAGUAACAAGGCUUUUACGUGCUGUGGCAAACAUGUUUCGACAGAGGGCUGCAUGGAAGCCCGUGAGCACACCAUGCCUCGACCGGAUGAUCCUCUGCUUCAAGAGUACUGGCAAUACCAUCCCACGCCGUCACUUGCUACCCAAAGUGCCCCAGCUACCAACAGAAAUCCUGUCUCCCCUGGUCGCGGAUCUCGAAGACAGGGCCAUAAGAAGGGUAGACAGCAGCAGCCGCAGCAGCAGCAGCAGCAGCAGCAGCAGCAGCAAUACAACAACCCCCACCCUUUUUACGCCAUUGCGCUCGACUGCGAAAUGGGCGUCUCCGCGACGGGGGACUCGGAGCUCAUUCGCCUGACGGCCGUCGACUUUUUCAGCGGUGCGGUGCUGAUCGACAACCUCGUGGCGCCCUCGGUGGCCAUGAUGCACUACAAUACGCGGUACUCGGGCGUGACGGCGCGCGACAUGCGCGAGGCCAUCAAGUCCCGCACGGCCAUCUUCGGCCGUGACUGCGCGCGCGAAGCUCUUUUGAGAUUGCUCGGCCCGGACACCGUCGUCGUGGUGCACGGCGGCUCCAACGACUUGUCGGCCCUGCGCUGGAUCCACCCGCUCAUCAUCGACACUUAUAUCCUCGAGGGCUACACGGGCGUCCACAGGACCGAGGGCGGCCGCAGCCUGCAGAACCUGUGCAAAGUCAAGCUGGGCAUUGCCGUGCAAGUCAGCGGUCCGCAAAGUCGUCGUGAUGAUGGGGCUGGAGUGCAGACCCAGACUCAAACCCAGCGCCGCCGAAAGGGCCAUGAUAGUUACGAGGACGCCAUGGCUGCCAGAGAGCUGGUCGUGCAUUGGGCCACGCGCAUUCCUGAUGCUUGA